AUGAGCAGCAGUAGUAGUAGUAAAGCUGUGUCGACGGCAACGUCAACACAGCCAACAACAUCAACAACAGCAACAGCAACAACAUCAGUCCUAAAGUCAGGCCUUUCAGGUGCAUUCUAUCUGAUAGGCUUGCAGAUGGCCAGUCGUCUGUUCACAUUUGUACUCAACACAUGGAUGGUGUCAGCAGUCGAUCCAAGCGUAUUGGGUGUGUUUGCAAUCAAGUACCAACUGUUGGCAUCGUUUGUGCUGUUUCUAAGCCGCGAGGCUAUAAGACGCACUUGUAUCCGUGCUGAUCUGUCACAGGGUGGUGCACGCGAACUACAACGCUUCAUAAACCUCAGUUGGAUGGUGGUGCCAUGUGGACUUGUUCUAUCGGUGUGUGGCGAGCGACUACUCAAUCACUGGAGCACCGAUGAGGAGCGACUCAUACCCGAUCACGACCUUGGUCUUGUCCUAUUCACCCUUGCCAGCUUCCUCGAACUACUCAGCGAGCCCGUCUACAUCCUCACACAGAACAUGCUCCUCUUCAAAGUGCGCACCUUUGUCGAAGGCUCUGCACUCUUUCUCAAAGCUCUAGCCACAUACUACUUUGUUGUAAUCACCAAGGAUGGACUCAAAGGCUUUGGAUACGCUCAGAUUAUAUACUCUGUAGUACUCUUGAUUGGAUAUUAUGGUAACUUUAUCAUUGGAAUACUUCAAUAUGAUCGAUCAAACAUGUCAGGGAAGUUUACGUCUGGUGUCCAGAUCACUUCUUUCAAUCAACUAUUACCAAGACGACCGAGUAUUGGCACUGGCACCAGCAAGGAUAAGGAGAGAGACAGAGACAUCUUUGGCAAGGAUCUGGUCGACAUGACAAUGUUGUACACAUGGCAAUCAAUUCAGAAACUACUGUUGACAGAGGGCGAGAAGAUUGUACUUUAUCUGUCACAGAGCUUGGUGUCACAGGCCAUCUUCUCGGUUGUGUCCAACUUGGGCUCGCUCGUGGCUAGGUUCUUCUUCCAGCCCAUCGAAGAGACCUGCUUCACAAUGUUCCCAAAGCUCUUUGGAGCAAAGUCUCGCAAGGAUGAUUGGGCCGACUCGUCCAAAGUGCUCACAUUGCUAAUGAAGGUUAUGUCGAUUGUUGCAUUUAUCUUUAUUGCAUUCGGACCAGCAUUCUCUGAGCUAUUGCUCAACAUACUAUAUCCCAACACAAGAUUCAGUACUGGCGACGCGGGUCUAGUCCUCGGAGUCUAUUGUGUCUACGUCGGAUUCAUGGCAGUCAAUGGAGUAUCCGAGGCAUUCGUACACAGUGUAUCCAAGACCGAUCAACUCAAGACACUCAACUGGAUACUCUUUCUCAUUGGCCUACUCUACCUAUUCCUCACCUACAUCUUCUCCACACUCUGGGGCACAAUAGGUAUCAUCCUGGCCAACUGUAUCAACAUGCUGGCGAGGAUCAUAUAUAGCGUAUACUUUAUGAAUGGCUUCUUUAAGGGAUGCAAGGGCUUUAGUCUAGCCUCUAUGCUACCAAACAAGUUGCCACUACUACUAUUUGGACUAUCAUUCAUCAUGACCAAUAUCACUGGACACUACUACUCUGGUGUUGCCAUCAGAAACAUACUCAUUCAUGUUGGUACAGGUGCACUAUGCUUUGGAUUGGUAUUAAUAUCAUUGUACCUUACAGAGGGCAACACAUUCAGAGAGGUCAGAAGGAUAAUCAAGUCCAAACAACAAUGA